GCAUAAGCGAUCAUCCUUUUCCGGCCUCUGCCUCAUUCUCUUUGGGAUUAGUCUCCUCUGCUUGCAUUACAGAGACACAAUGGGAGUUAGAAGUUUUAUUGUUUUUGUUUCCUUCUUCAUGUUGUUCCUUUCUUUAUCUUCAGCCUUCCCUAAACAUAAGAAACAGUAUAAACCAUGCAAACACCUAGUACUCUACUUCCAUGACAUUAUCUACAAUGGCAAGAACGCUGCCAAUGCCACAUCUGCAAUUGUAGCAGCACCUCAAGGAGCCAAUAUGACCAUCUUGGCUCCCCAAUUCCACUUCGGGAACAUUGCUGUUUUCGAUGAUCCCAUCACCCUUGACAACAAUCUGCACUCAAAGCCUGUGGGCAGGGCACAAGGCAUGUACUUCUAUGAUACAAAGAACACCUACACCGCGUGGCUUGGUUUCUCGUUUUCUUUGAACACCACAGCCUACCAAGGUAGCAUAAACUUCAUCGGAGCCGAUCCUCUUAUGAAUAAAACUAGAGAUAUAUCCAUUGUAGGUGGCACCGGAGACUUUUUCAUGCACAGGGGAGUUGCAACCAUCAUGACUGAUGCGUUUGAAGGUGAAGUAUACUUCAGGCUCCGGGUUGACAUCAACUUUUACGAGUGUUGGUAAAUUGAAUGCAUGUUUUUAAGGCUUUUAUCAGUUCCGAGUUAUGUCAAAUGUGAGAAUGGUGUUCAAAUAUGUUGGGUCUGUUUCAUUCUAGUGUGCUUAAAUUUAGUUCUGAAUUAGUCAAUCAGCAAGUAAAAGAUAAAUUUACAGUCCAUUUUGUACUUUCAUGUCCAUCAAUAAACAGAUUAACUGAUCAAGUA